AUGUUGCAUCGUCACAACAACACAAACCAUCACAAACCUUUUUUAAAGGGAGAAGGAACCAACUACUCCGAAGAUACUGUUUCAAGGUUUGCUGUGAGAAAGCUUGAUCAAGAAUCAACUUUAAAGGACCCUGAAGAGGAGGGAUCUUCUUCUCAGAAUCACCUCAUUCCUUGUUCAUUGGUGAAAAUUGCCAAUGGUGUUUACUUUCCUCUAAUUUUGCCUCAUCUCUUGUCUGAGGAUGAAGGCUUGAUGGUUUGGCUCAAACACUAUCAAACUGAAAUCAAACCUCCGAAACAAAUGUCGCCUCAUGAAUUAAUGGAAACAAUGGAAACAUUGGAACAGUACAUGAGAUCGCAUGAUGAAUGGAAAUCCAAUUAUCCUCAUCAUCACUCCUCCACAAAUCUUUCCGAUGAUGCCUUUCAGCAAUUAGAUAAGUAUGCCAUGCGAAUGAUGAACAUCCUAACGUCCAGAAUAUUGCGAAGGAGUGAUGAAGAUCAAAGCAACUGCGAGGAGAAGAAGGUACUUGGUAACGUUUCUCAAAAUUCAAUCAUCAAUACCCACAAGGACCAUGUUCAGAAUUCGGAGGAAAAUUCAAAACAUCAAAACAACUCUUCGACGGCGUUGAAUUGUACUGCAUCAUCACUUCCUUCUGAAUGUUUGGACCGAAGAAAUGAAAAGAAGCAAGUCAUUGAGUUGUACAAAAUGGUCUAUUCUCUCUUCGAUGAAACCAACAUUCCAUUCCUGAUCUCCAAUAGUGAGAGAAGAGAAAUUGAGAACAGGAAGGAGCUAUCUAUUGUGUCUCAAUUCCUUAAAGAAUUCGUUGAGAAUCAUAUAGAACUCUCUCCAAAUGAACUGUUACCAAGCAUGAUUGAGUUUAAACAUUCCUGUAACAAAGAGCGCUUGCAUGAUUCAUCAAAUACUAACAUUUUGGAGAACCUUCGACUACAGUGGAUUCAUGGUUUAUUGUCAGAUUUGGAUUUUGAAAUGACGAGAAACUUUAAAACACCAACAAGAAGUGACCGAAUGGGUUUGUUAUGUACAGAGUGUGCCAUUUCGGGCGAAUUUUCAUCGUCUCACAUUCUUCAAAGUGGAAAUUGGAUCAUUGUCAGAAAUGUUUGCAAUUUACCUUUGAAAUUGAUGGAAUUAGGAUCUAACUGUGGAGCUGGAAUUUUAGCAGAUCCAUCCAACAUGUUUCUGUAUAAGGUUGUUAAAAGAAAAAAGGUUUCAGAAUAUUCGCCAAAAUUUGAAUGGACCUACUGUACGCAUUUCGAUUUGGAUUCACUUGAGCAGAGGUGCUUAGCUUUUGCAACAUUAUGGAAGUUACUUUUAGAUUUACAGAAAGAAAAUGAUGACCGCAAAGCAAAUGCCACCGCAAAAAAGAAUUUCAAAGAAUUUGUUUCAAGAGUUGAGAAAUUAUUAACUCGCCACAAAACUCAAUCACUAGCUGGUGGACAACUUAAUCAAACAUUGAGAAAAGUCAAAGCAGAAAAAUCUCAAAAUGUUCAUUCGGUCGAGACAAAGAAAGUCGACAAAGAAAAACAACCUCGUGAAUGGCGUUUGGAUGAACAUUUGAAAGUUGAACACAAGAAGAUUGUUGACGAAUUAAACUCUCCCAUCAAUAAGAUGAUGCACAAAAAAGAUGUCAAGGAGAGAACAGAGAAGAUUCUUAAGAGCGUUGAUCUUUCUCAUUUCACUCAUUGA